AUGCAAGGCCCAAGGCCUCCUGGGACCUCCCUCAGGUCCUCCUGGCCCAACUCCGGGGAUGGAGGGGUGGCCACUGUGGGCUGUCUGGGGCCAAGAGAGGGUAGCCCCCAGGGUGCCUGGGCUGUAGCCUCAAGUUCCUCCGGUACCUUCAAUCUCCAGCCUCCAGUGGGUCAGCCUGGGCAGGGGGCCGCUCCCCUCAUGAGGCAGCCAGCCCAGGGCUCACCGGUCCACUCUGGCAUCAGGGAGCCGGCUGCCCUCCAUGGCCAGGUGCAGAGCCUGUCCCAGACUGGGGGCAGGAGUACUGCCCCCACCCCCAUGCCAUGA